AUGGAUUCCACAUCAGCAUUGAGGCCGCGGCCGCGACCGGCUCACACACAAGGAACAACACGCUGCGCCUACACCAGCGACGGCGUCCGGCUCGUCACCGUCGGCUCCAACAACACCAUUCGACUCUACAAGACCGGUUCGGACGGCGAGCCGACCAACAUUGACGACUGUCAAGAACAAAACGUCUCCAUUGCCACCGGCAAGGACUCGUUCAUUGUCGGCUCCGAAGACGGCACCGUCAGCCUGUACAGCGUCGAAGGCGCCCAUUUUGAACGGUUCCUGCUCCGCUCAACUCUUCCCAUUCGCGACGUCGCCUUGACCCGCGACUCGAAAUGGUGCGCGGUCGCUAGCGACGAGCUCACCGUCAAGAUUGUCAACACGGGUGACAUGACCCAGGUCAGGCAUUUGCGGGAGCACAGCAAACCGGCACGACACGUCACCUUUGAUCCCCACGGCAGACUGGCCUCGCUUUCCUGCACCGACGGCAUCAUAUACGUCUACUCGCUCACGUCCGAGGAGCCUGAGCUCAUUCGCAAGGUGGACGGCGUCAUCGGGAGCUUCGAUAGCGAGGCAGAGGUGUCUACCAGGGUUGUUUGGCACCCGGACGGCCGCGCCUUCGCGGUGCCCACGCCCACCAAAGAUGUUCAGAUAAUCUCCAGGAACGACUGGGAGAAGCAGAGGUGCUUCGCCAACGGCCACUUGUCAGACAUUACCGCUCUUGCUUGGUCUCCCAAUGGCGCGUUGUUAGCCUCGGCAAGCAAAGAUGGCAAGGUCCUGGUGUGGGAGACAAAGACGCAGAGCGUGAUUCAACGAUAUGACUACUCCAACGUCAUUGACCUGGCUUGGCAUCCGUCCAAGAACAUCCUUUCCUUUACAACUACCGAUGGUGAAGUCUACAUAUACUCGGAUUUCUUGCCCGAACAGUUGGUGCCGUUGCUCAAGCUGAACGCACAGCCCGCCCCAUUCAUUCAUGAUCCUCUGUCCGAAAUAUCGGGUAACCGCCAGUUGCCUCCUAGCAAUGGCCACAAGGCCGCCCCGCCGAUUCCCACCAGACCUCGUAGGCAUUCCAUGGGGAGCAUUGGCUCCAUGCUCGACGACGACGACGAGGAUGACGACGACGACGGCUGGGUCAUCAACGACGACAACGCUGGCUACGUGGUCGACAGGGGCAGUAAGCGGAUGCGAGAUCCAAGCGAUGCCUGGGGAGAUCCGGCCAGCAAAAGAAGGCAUCUCAUGGCGCCGCAACACCACGAGGCGUUUCAGCCGGGGUCCACCCCAUGGAGAGGCAACCGAAAAUACCUCUGCUUGAACAUGAUUGGGUUCGUGUGGACCGUGGAUCAGGAUUCACACCACACCGUCACCGUUGAGUUCUACGACCAUGAGUUUCAGCGAGACUUCCACUUCACAGACACCUUUCUCUACGACAAAGCCUGCCUGAACGAGCGAGGCACGCUGUUCUGCAGCCCGCCCAAAGACGAUGCUCCUGCGUACAUCUUUUACAGACCGCAUGAAAGCUGGACGCAACGAACAGACUGGCGGACGCAAUUGCCAAGGGGAGAGGCGGUGACGGCCAUGUCUCUAAGCGAGUCGUUCGUGACGGUGACCACUUCGGCCAACUAUGUCCGAGUCUUCACCCUGUUCGGCAUACCGUUCAAAGUGUACCGCCCCAAGAGCUGUCCAAUGGUGACUUGUGCCAGCUGGAGAGAUUAUGUCCUGACGAUGGGCAAUGGUCCUGUAGGAUCAGACGGAAAGACGCGACUUUUGUACACGAUUGAGAACAUCAAGCGCGACGAGAUAUGUCAGAACGAGGACAUCGUGGCUCUGCCUGAAGGAGCCACAGUAAAGGGUGUUUUCUUUUCAGAUCGCGGCGACCCAUGCAUAUACGACUCCACCGGCACGUUGCUCACGCUGUUGCAUUGGCGUCAGCCGUCUCGUGCUUCCUGGAUACCACUACUGGACACCAAGCUCUUGCCACGCCUGGUAUCUGGCAGGAAAAACGAGACGUACUUCCCAAUAGCCGUAGCGGACGAGAAGUUUCUCUGCAUCAUCCUCAAGGGAGGGGACCAGUACCCCUACUUCCCGCGACCUCUUCUAUCAGAGUUUGACUUUUCCAUUCCCCUAUCGUCACCGCCAGAGGACAAGGCAGGGACGAGGAAGAAGAAGAAGAAGAAGAACAAGCGUGGAUCGCUGCAUGGCGAAGAUGCGGAAAUGGCCGACACCGGCGGGAGCGGCGACGAGUCAGGCGGCGGCGGCGACGACGACGACGACGACGACGACGAGGGCGAAAGCGAGGGAGAAGAGAACAAGGAUGGCGGCGGGGGUGACGACGAGGAUGACGAGACAGCCGAGAGCAGGAAACUCGAGCAGCAAUUCAUCCUCAAGGGAGUGCAGAGCGCGCAGCUGCGUGACCUGGUCGACGCCACGUCGGGGAACCACGCGCAGCGGUCGCUGCUUUCUCGGAUGGAGCUGGAAAUCGACAAGACGCUCCUGCAGCUUCUGGCGGUCGAGUGCCGGCAAGGCGAGGACCGCGGGAUGCGUGCGUUGGAGAUGGUGGAGCUGAUGCGCGACCGGACAGGGCGGAUGAUGGAGGCGGCGGGCAAGGUGGCCGAGCGGUAUGGGCGGACCAUUCUGGGAGACAAGAUUCGGGAGCUGGGAGAAAAGCGGGUGAGCGGCGAGGCUGAGACGCCGUGA